CCCAGUUUGGUAGUUCAACUCGUCAUCCAUCCGAAGUUCGAACAUAUUGGAUAUGAUCUAUUAAUAAGCUAGGUAGUACCAAUAUGCUGCAAAGUAUUAUCAAUCUAAAAUAACGGCGAUCCAAGACCCUUGCUGUGCGACAUAACAAAUCGAGAAUAUCGUGCCUUCCAAUUACAAGCUACUGUUUGAUAACCAACCAAGCAAACGAGCAAGCAAGCUCAAUCGAUCCUUUGCUCGCGAAAAGCUUCCUCCCAUCUAGCUUGUCUCUCCCUGUCUUAUCGGUGUGGACUUCAUUGUGAUUUUCAGACGAGGGUCAGACAAGACAAGACAAGACUUAAUGUUUGCAACAGACUCGCGGAUUUUGUGAUCAGUUAGCCUAUCUAGGCAAUCGAAAUGGCUACGAGUGAGUCUGCCACCAUGUCGCGGUUGCAAAUAGGAAGGAAUACUACCGACGGUGGGGAGAAAAUGGUAGAGAAGAAGAGAGAGGCAAAGAAUUAUAGAGGAUUCGUGGCGGGUGUGUUUUCGGGAGUUUCGAAACUUACUGUUGGGCAUCCAUUCGAUACCAUUAAAGUCCGUCUUCAAACCUCCACAUCAUCCCAAUUCAACGGGCCACUCCAAUGUCUUCUCCUCACCAUUCGCAAUGAAGGCUUCAGCGGUCUCUACAAGGGUGCCACUCCCCCUUUAGUAGGCUGGAUGUUCAUGGAUAGUAUAAUGCUCGGUUCCCUAACCUUCUACCGCAAACUUCUCCAUCAAACCCUCUUCUCCCCCUCUCGCAUGGCCGCCACCCCAUCUAGUCUUGCGCGUCCCGGUGAUGCCCUCACGCCCUCUCAAAUCCACAAACUGCCCACUAUAGGCCAUGCCCUCGCUGGUGUCAUGGCAGGCGCAACCGUAAGUUUUAUUGCGGCCCCCGUCGAACAUCUAAAAGCACGUCUACAAAUCCAAUACUCGAGUAAGAAAUCCGAACGUCUAUAUAGCGGUCCUAUCGACUGCGCACGUAAAAUUUACCGAUAUCAUGGUAUACCAGGUCUCUACCAUGGUCUCUCCGCUACUCUUUUCUUCCGUUCAUUUUUCUUCUUCUGGUGGGGUUCGUACGAUGUUUUCACUCGUCUGUUGUCAGAAAAAACACAAUUGAGUACCCCUGCCAUUAAUUUCUGGGCUGGCGGUCUCUCGGCACAGGUUUUCUGGAUGACGAGUUACCCGAGUGAUGUGGUUAAACAACGGAUUAUGACAGAUCCACUAGCUGGUGGAUUGGGAGAUGGGGUGCGCAGAUUUCCAAACUGGAAGAGUGCGGCGAGGGAGGUGUAUAGGGAGAGUGGAUGGAAAGGGUAUUGGAGAGGCUUCCUACCCUGUUUCUUGAGAGCUUUCCCUGCAAACGCGGUUGCGCUAGUAGCGUUUGAGGGCGUUAUGAGGGCGUUGCCUUGAUGUGUAUGUGCAUAUGCAGCUGCACAUAUACUCCAGUGACAAGGAUUCUAGAAGAUGAGAAAGUUGUAGGAAAGAGUGUAAGAUAUUGUACAGCGAGAGAUGAUGAGAAGCAUGCAUGCAUGGCGUUAGGAACUGCAUAUCUAUUUUUACGGGGGAUAGACAGACACCAUCUCCAAUCAACUAGAGGAACCGGAGGGAACUCACCCAUCCACGUAAUGAUCUACAUGAGAGGUGUUGUAUAUGAGAUGGAUAGAUGAAAGAGAAGAUAUACUGGUAGAACCCAGCAUACCAGCACACAAACAUAUAUGGAUAGAUCAGAUGGAUAUACAUCACCGUAUCUAUCUAUCGCUAGACAAACACACAAAAAGUGUCACUGCACUGUGCAAUUGAGCAAUGGGGCAAUUGGGCAAUCAGGCAGUUGGAAUUCAGGAAAAAUAAAAGUAGAAGUAGAAGUAGAUAGAACUCAACUCAAAAUAAUUCAAAAGAGCCCAAAUUCAAACAAUUCGAAUCAAAAAUCAAAAAUCAAAAAUCAAAAAUCAAGACCAAAGACCAAUUGAAGGAAGAAAAAACGGAUGUGAAGAUAAAUUCCAAGAAUACCAAAAAAAAA